AUGGGGCUGAGCUAUAGGCUUGUCCUCUGCUUCCUGCUCUGGGGAUGUGUGAAGCUGUGCUACCCACAGCCGCUGUGGUUCCUGCAUGGUACAACCCACCCACCCUCAUCCUUGGAGUCCCCUGUGGUGGUAGAGUGUCGGGAGGCCCAGCUCGUGGUCACCGUCAGCAAGGACCUAUUUGGCACCAGGAAGCUCAUCCAAGCAUCUGACCUCAGCCUGGGCCCUGCGGGCUGUGAGCCCCUGGCCUCUGCGGGCAUGGAUGCUGUGGUCAAGUUUGAGGUUGGGCUGCAUGAAUGUGGCAAUAGCGUGCAGAUGACUGAUGACGCCCUAGUGUACAGCACGUUCCUGCUCCACAACCCCCGGCCCAUGGGAAAUCUGUCCAUCCUAAGGACCAACCGUGCUGAGGUCCCCAUCGAGUGCCGCUACCCCAGGCAAGGUAACGUGAGUAGCCGGGCCAUCCAGCCCACCUGGGUGCCCUUCCGGACCACCGUGCUCUCGGAAGAGAGGCUGGUCUUCUCUCUGCGCCUCAUGGAGGACAACUGGAGGGCAGAGAAGACUUCUCCCACCUUCCACCUGGGAGAUGUGGCCCACCUGCAGGCCGAUGUGCACACCGGUGGCCACCCGGCCCUGCUGCUCUUGGUGGACCACUGUGUGGCCACACCCACGCCUGACCACAGCGCUUCCCCAUCUCACACCAUCGUGGACUUCCAUGGCUGUCUGGUGGACGGGCUCUAUGAUGGCUCUUCCAAGUUCAAGGCCCCCAGAUCCAAGCCGGACACCCUGCAGUUCACAGUGGCCGUGUUCCACUUUGCCAACGACUCCAGACACACGGUAUACAUCACCUGCCAUCUAAAGGUCAUUCCUGCCCAGCAAGCCCCGGACCAGCUCAACAAAGCCUGUUCCUUCAACCAGGCUUCUGGCAGGUGGUCCCCGGUAGAAGGCACAGAUGACAUCUGCGAAUGCUGUAAUGAGGGUAACUGCGGCAGCGUUCCAGGCUCUUUGAAGUGGAACCAUUCCACUGCCCAUUGGCUCAAGGCUGCUCUGAGAAACCGCAGGCAUGCAACAGAGGAAGCUGACAUCACUGUGGGGCCUCUCAUCUUCCUGGGAAAGGCAGGUGACCCCAAAGACCCGAAGGAGUGGGCCUCUCCUGCAUAUUCCAGUGCCACCGUGCUGAGCUUAGGCCUGGCCACAGUGGUGCUCCUGGUUGGUGUGGCUGUGCUCCUGAGUUUCGCCACGAGGCGCCACCAGGCAGCCUCCAGUCCCAUGGCUGCUUCUGAAUAA